GGUGCGAGCCUGCCCAUCCUCUCUGCACCAAAUACUGGGAGCGGUGUGGGGAGGCAGCAGCAUGAAUGGGGGCUAUGGCAGAGCGCUUGGAGCUGGGAGCCCCACUCUCACAUACUGCUCCUCACAGAAGAUAUGCUCCUGGAUGCUGAGCUGCUGCUUAGCCCUUCAGCACCUGGCCGUGCAGACCUCCUUGCUCUGCAUCUUCCACCUCCUCCUGCUGCCCACCCUGCCCCAGGAGGCACCUCAUGCCCAGACCAUCAGCAAGCUGCUGGCACGGAGCCUCUUUGCCUGUGGCAUCUCCACUGUUCUGCAAACCACCCUAGGGAGCCGGUUGCCACUGGUUCAAAUUCCAUCCUUUGAGUACCUGGUCCCUGCCAUGGUGCUGAGCUCCCACCUGUCCCACGGUGCCAGCACAGACAGGAAUGGCACAGGCAUGGCCAGUACAUGCUCUGAACCACAUUGCACAGUCACAGGGAACUGGGCUGACUCACUGCAAGAGGUCUCYGGAGCAGUGCUGGUCUCUGGGCUGAUUCAGUUGGUGCUGGGAGUGUCUGGCGUGUGUGGGUGGGCAAUGCAGCACUGCGGGCCCAUGGUCCUGGCCCCCAGCCUCUCCAUCAUCGGGCUGUCCGCAUACAAGGAAGCUGCUUUCUUCUGCUCCACUAAYUGGGGUGUAGCACUGCUGCUCAUGCUCCUUGCUGUCACAUUCUCCCAGCACCUGCGGUCCUGCCGCUUGCCCUUCUGUGCCUGGCCCCACGCUUGGGAGGGCUCYCCAGAGCCAUCAGUUCCUACCCUGCGCACAUUCUCGGUACUGCUCCCAUUUGCUGGUGUCUGCAUUGUCUGUGCCAUCCUCAGCCACUUCCACAUUCCCUGGGAAUCACUUGACCUGGCUAUGGCACAGCUGUCCUGGGCCAACAGCACCUUCAAUGCCCCUUGGGUCCACAWCCCCUAUGCAGGGGAGUGGAGGUGGCCGCUGCUUACCCCCCGGUCACUGGCAGUGGGCAUCGCCAUGGCCGUCAGCUGCAGCAUGAACUCAGUGGGCUGCUACGUGUUGUGUGGGAGGCUGCUGCAAGUCCCCCGGCUGCCCCCUCAUGCCUGUAACCGGGGGCUUUGCAUGGARGGGUUGGGCAGCCUCCUGGCAGGACUGCUGGGUGCCCCUGGRGGCACGGCCUCCAGCAUCGCCAACACCUGUACUACUGGCCUCACACAGGCUGGCUCUCGCCUCUCAGUGCAAGUCAGCGCUCUGGCGUGCGUGGUGCUGGGCAUGUCCCCGAGGCUGGCAGGGCUCCUCACCCGCAUCCCACUGGCGGUUCACGGAGGGGUGCUCUGCRUCACCUACGCCGUGGCUGUGGGCAYGGGAAUCUCCUACUUCCAGUACACAGACAUCGACUCGGGAAGAAACAUCUUCAUUGUUGGCUUUGCCAUGUUCAUGGCACUGCUGGUACCGCGGUGGUUCGGCACAGCUCUGACUCCCCUGGCCACAGGCUGGGUGCCACUGGACCUCCUCUYCCUCUCCCUGCUCAUGGUGCCUGUCUUUUUAACUGGCUUCUUGUCAUUUUUUCUGGAGAACACAGUCUCAGGAACACUGGAGGAACGAGGGUUGCUUUCUGAGCAGCCAUGGAAAGCCAGAGCUGGUGACUGUCACCUCCACGGAGGGAAGGGCGAAGCCAGCCACCUACAUAGGUUCCCCACUGGGCUGAGGAGGCUGCUGCCAUCUCCCUGCAAAGCCUUUCUCUGCUGCUUCCUCUGCCCAAGAAGUGAGGAAGAGGAGGAAGGCAGCUGUGCCACUGAGGAGGGGACUGCUGACCCUGGGGAAGGGACACACCUGCUCCCCAAACCCAGCACUGGGGAUCUGCAGCCUGCAAUAAGGCCAAGCCAGWCAGAGAUGCCUGCAUGGCACACUGUGGCCUGACCCUGUCAUGUGGGGACACCUCAUGUGCAAACCCGGCUGUGCUCUCAAGGCAGCUUGUGAGCCACUUCGCUCUUCAUUUCUGAAGCCCUUGAGGACUGAAGGGACCUGMGCUUCUACCCUCCUAGAAAAAACCUGAUUUCCCCGCUUAAGAGUGAAAAAUAAAAACCUUCA